AUGGGAGAGAAACUUGCUGUGUUAGUUGAGAACUGGACUGAUGGUUCGACGGAAAUAUGGAUUAGUAAUAAGAUUGAUCCCAAUGCGGUUUCAUGGACCAAGAUGUUUUUAAGAUUUCGAAUGAGAGAAAUUCGGGAUACAGCCGCGACUUUCUUCGUUGACGAGAAGAAGAAAGUCGCAGUGGUUUUUGCCAAAGGCAAACAACAUCUAUACAAACCCACUCGCAACACAGCUUACAUCUUUGGAGAGGAUGGAUUCUCCAAACAAUUGGAUCUCGGAGAAUCUGAACACGAGUUUCAAUUUCCAUAUGUGUGCUCUUAUGUCCCAAGUCCAGUGCAAAUCAAGCAAUCUGCCCCCACGAGGCAAAAGGAAAAGAAACCAGGUUAUUGUUAG